UUGCGUACACUUAUAAUAUUUAAUUAGUUUGGAUGGAUUUACUGUUUCAGUGUGGUGUCAAGUGCUCUUAUUCGUGACGAAGUAAAAGUCCAGACAUUUUGUUCCAUGAACAACCGUAGUGAUCAAAAUGGCCGUCAGCCCCCGCUGCCCCCGCAGCCACGGCCUCCUACUCGAACUGAAACAGAAAUUGUAUCAAAUGAUGAACCAAAGCAAAUAUGUCGAAAUUAUGUAUGGGGGACAUGCAAGAAAAAUACGAAAUGCAAAUUUCGUCACGAACUGGAUUUUGAGGAAAUGAAGAAAAUUCUUAAAUUCUGCCACGACUAUCAAAACAAAACCGGCUGCACGAGGGGAGAUUGUACAUAUCUUCAUACGACUAGAGAAGAAGAAAACCUUUUUCUUGCAACAGGGGAAAUACCUCGUGUGCUCGCACAACGUCAUGCCGCAAUGCACAAAGCUACGGCGGCAAACAAUGGGGAGACAAUACGACAGAUAGCCGUGUUUAUUAGUGAGUCUUUCGUACCGUCCCAACCAAGUGGCGUACCGGGGUCUAUGUCUCCGAUGCCCCAUGGCGUGGCAGCCUGUGCAGCGAUGCCGCCGCCGCCUCCGCCUCCUCCACCAGGUCGCGCGAUGCCGGUGAUGCCGGCUUUGCCGUUGGCAAUCCAACGACCGCCGCCACCGCCGCCGCCUCCUCCGCCACCGCCACCACCUACUACAGCUUCCCCAAGUGAAUCACGCCCAGCAGCCCCUGUUUACACAGCAACACUCGGUCAACCUCCAGAAAGUACAACAGUGGUUUUUCCAAUCAAUCAACCACCUCCUCCUCUGCCUGUCGUCAUGUUUGAUGCAAGUAGACCUCCGCCACCAUUACCGAACCAAUUGAAGGCAAGUAGUGGUGCUGUAAAACAUAAAGCAUCAAAUUUACCUGAAGCUGGACCAAGCAAAAUAAGGAAGCCAGGGGACAACAUUGUAGCAGACGCGCAUUGCGAAAACUGUGUUCAACGCGAGAUCAGGAUUAAAUUAUAUCUACAACAAUGUGAUAAGCUACAGUGUGAACAGGAAUAUCAAAAAUUGAUUUAUGAAAAGACCCUGGAAGAGUACAAAACUGCAAAAGAGCUUCUGAGAUCGGUAGUCAGCUCUGACAUGUUUAGGAUUUUGGAAGAGCAUAUUGAGGGUGUACCACAAAUACAGUUACAUGAUAUAAUGUCUCAGUUAAACCCAACAUCAUUUGGUUCGAGUAUGUCAACAGUACCGAAACAAUUUUUGUUACAACUUAUGGAUUGUGUUUUAAGUAAUCCGAGAAAUGUACUAGAUAUGGGUGCCAGUACAUCAAGCAGUUUGGAUGAAAGUUUUCUGCAAACUUUAUCAGCAUUGCCAAGAAGAACAAAUACAAUUGUAAAUCAUUCACCUACAGAUGUUAUACAAGCCUUUUUUGAUCUGUUACAGAAUUCUAAAAUAAGUCCGGAUAAAUCCGACUUGACAAAUGAAAUUAACAGAUUGGCUGGAACGAACAGUACUGGUUUGAAUGGUAUCAACGGUUGCAAUACUAGUCAAAAAGUGGAGAGUUCAAGUGCAACAUCGAUGACAGGAUCUGUAACUUACAGUAGCUCUGGAAUACUACCGAGAGGUUACCCUCCUGUUAGUGUUUCCAUGUCCCCUUUAACUGGGACACAAAUAUCUGUCCCCCCACCACCUUUCCCUUCUUAUCAACCUACCAUCCCCCCUCCACCACCACCAACUGGGCCAUACUAUAACUAGAUUUUUCCAGUCUCAUCUAGUUAGUAGUUAUGUGUGUAUAUAUAUGGUAUAUAUGAUGUUAUGGGUGUGUUUCAUUCAUCAUAUAUACACGGUGAUUUUUAACGGACGGAUCAACGGUUUUGUGGAGGUAGAGGACCUCAAUAGCUAUCAUUUAAACGCAAAGUUUGUUGCACGAUUUUCUGUAGUUUGAAAGUUAUUCAAUUUUGUGUAAAAAAAAUCUAGUAGGAUAAAAGUUGGUGUAAAAAAAAUUUGUUACAGCUUCUCAAAGUUCAAGAAAGAAAUUUUUUUUUAGGAAAAUUUUUAAUACUUUUUUUUUAAUUAGUUCUCGUAUGAUUUUUCCAAAAAAGGAAUAACGGUACGCAAGCCUAAUUAUUAGGGUUGUUAAAUAAAAAAAUGACCACUGUAAACACAUUAUUUUGGACGUACGUUCAAGUUUAAGGCAGAAAUCUGAUUAUUCCGUUUUUUUUUCCAAAAAAUUAAAUAUCUUUAAAACUAUAGAAAAUCGGGCAACACACUUUGCGUUUAAAUGAUAGCUAUUGAGGUCCUCUACCUCCACAAAACGGUUGAUCCACCGGUUAAGAAUCACCCUGUAUAUAUGAUAUGUAACUUAAUUUAGGCAGUUAACUGUUUAAAAUGAACACACUGGAAUAGUUUACGUUGGAAUAAGGGAUUGUAUCUAGAUAUAGGUGAAGUCAGUCAUAAAUCCCUCAAACUAUAUUAAUUCCAACAAAGUACAGAAUGAGUAAAAUAUAUUUUUAUUUAAGAUAUAACAAAGACUAGAUCUUAUAUUUAAAUGCAGAUUGAGAAUGUAACAUACACCAAAUAGAAGAAAUAACAUUGAAGCAAUAUUAAGGUGAAUAAUGAAGAUUAAAAUUUUGCUAAUGCAAAAGGGAACUUGAAAGCGCUACAUUAUAAUAUUAAAUAAAGACUUUGGUGAGUCGAAAUGCAAUGAGGGACUUUAUAUAGUUUGUAGUAAUUUAGUAAUGUAAGGUAUUACAGUAUGUGUGUGGUUAGUGGAAGGUGCAUGUAGAAAGAAGUGAUGUAAUUAUAUUAUUUUCUUGCUUAGCGAUGAGAAGGUUGUGUGACGUAUAGUUUCAGGUUUAAGAGUAUUUUGCCUUUUUAGAUUAAUUUACUUAGAGUACGAAACUAGACUUUAAGAUUACAUGUGCUAUGCCGGUGAGAUAAGCGAAUUAUUUAACUUUGAUUCAUUACGUAACAUGUGUUUUGUCAUAAUUUGUUUGUCAAUGCAGCUGUUUUCGCUCAUUUUGUAAUAUUAGAGUUUUAAAAUAUACGAAAUAGUAAAGCUAGAUCAUUCCAUAAUAGUUUUUAAAGAAAAAGUUGUUAAUAAUAUAUCAGGUUAACUUUUUUACAUGUAUAUGCUGCUAUUGAAAUCAAGUUAAAUGUCUCAUAGUGUUAGCUAGUUCAUAUUAGUGAUACUGACAAUGAAUCAACAUGCCUUUUUAACAUAAUGCAGUGAUAUUGAUCAACUAAUACAUAAGCAAUACUAUCAGAUGAAAUUGGAACAGUAAUGAAAUUUUAUUAUUAUUGAUCAGUUAUUUGACCUAUUUUUUUGUUAAAUCAACUCAGUAAUAAUUAUCAUACUUAUUUAUCAUACUUUUUAAAAUGUUAUUAAAAAGCAAUAAAUUUUAUUGAGCAUGAGAUAUAGUUAUUGAAUGGUCUGUGCAAGGUAAAGCCAAUUUAAAGUUGAGAUUGGCUAAUGAUAAAUAAGAUAAGCAAAUAUAUAUGUAUAUUAGCAGCAAUAUAUUACAGUUUAUAGAGAUCAUUUACUAAAUUGUCAAAAUAGUGAUAAGAAAGUCUUAUUUAUGGAUGUUCAUAAAUUUUAUUAAAAUGUUCAUUAUUAAUAGUUCAAAGUUUUUUUUUGGACUGUACACAAAACAAUUUUAAUGCAGUUGCAACGAAAAAAAAUGUCCAUGCUUAGUAUCUCUGUCACUGAAGUACACGAAAAUCCAUAAAUAAAAGAGGGUCUAUCACGAAUAUUUGCGUGACAGUUGCGAGAAUGUAUUCUUUACAUCAUCAACAAUGUAUAUAUGAGUCUUGUUGGUAUACUUUACGCCCAGUAGGAGCGCUGCUGAAUCUAAUACAAAUUUUGUCAAUCAAAAUGCGAAAUGUUCUCACAAAUAUUUGUAAUAGACCUUGGGGCAACUGAUAUCUGUAGCAAUAAGCAGAACUAAAUUGCUACUGCUGAGCUAAUAAUAAAUUAUUUCAGUCCUCAAUCUGUAGCGCUAAGAUGUACUGCUAACUAACUUAGAAACUGCACAUGCUAUUAUAAUAAACAUUUUUAGAAACUUUAUGUGUCUUUUUAAACAUUUGGCAUCUGUAAUUUGACUUUACAAAACACAUGUUAUUUUGUCUAUUGUAAUGUAUUUUAAGAAUUCAAUACAACAUUGUAAAGUGUACAACAUAUUCUAGAAUUCUCUAUACUUAAUUAUGUCACAUGUAGUUAAAAAACUGAAAACAAAUAUUUGUUUAAUAUGAAAUUAUUUUUAAUAGAAUUGUAAUAGUUAUAAGGCCACUUUUACAGUUGAAAUUUUUAUAAAAUAUGCAUUAGGUACAUUUUUGAUCAUAAAAUAUUGCAAUAUUUAUAUUUUAGUAAUGAAAUAUACCUAAUACUAAAUUUUAAUAUUUCUAGAUAUGUCCAUAGUACCUGCUUAAGUAUUUUAUUUUAGAUUUUGCCGUAUUCAUGUUGCGUAUCAUGUUUACAAACUGCAAGAAAAAUUGAUUUAACCCGAGUAGCUGCUGUUAAUGAACUGAUUUAUUGUAAUUAUUCUGAGCUGCAUAUAUUGCUAUUGUUUUUUUUUUAAUGUUUGUUAUUAAUUUUCUAUAGUAUGUUUAUAUUAAUUUUUUUCCAAAAUGUACUGCGAUGGAGUAUAACUCAUUGAGUCUAACUUGUUGAUGCCUUUUUACUCUCCAUACUAGUUUUAUACAUUGUACCACUAUCCUUUAACUCAGUAUAAACUGUUUAAGAUUUUACAUGAAGAAAUGUUCUUUUAAAUUUGAUAUCAAUAAAUGGUAGUGAAUUUUAGUAUUUCA